UGUCCCUCAGACACAGCAGAUCACCGAUCACGGAAAGAGCCGAAGAGGGGACAUCUAUACUGAUCAUCAGGGCACUGAUGAUCAGUGUGCCCUGAUGAUCAGUGUAGCCCCAGCAGUGCCACCUGUCAGUGUCCAUCAGUGCCUUGUGUCAGUGCUCAUCAGUGCCUCAUGCCAGUGCCAAUCAGUUCCACAUCAAUGCCACAUAUCAGUGCCCAUCUGAGCUGUCUUUCAGUGUCACCCAUCAGUGCCACCUAUCAAUGCCAAUCAGUGCCACCUAUCAGUGCUGCCUAUCAGUGCCAAUCAGUGCCGCCUAUCAGUGCCAGUCAGUGCCGCCUAUCAGUGCCAUAUAUCAGUGCUGCCUUUCAGUGCCCAUCAGUG